AAGAAGAAAGGGUCGCAGUCGCUUUCGGCACUUUGGUACGAGAGGUUCACUGCCGAGCCUAUUGUAUACGCAUCCCGCUCUGAGUUUAGGCACGCUGUAGGAUACAUGAUGCUGUUCUUACCGAUUGGCUUCGCACUCGACGAAGCAGCCACUGCGUUUAAGAACGAGGUGCUCAACGAGGGAGAGCAAGCGCAAGCAAAUGCUCUCGCUUUCCUGAAAGCAAACGGAUAUUCAGCUCUCGCUGCCGGCACAGUGUAA